AUGAACGCCAUGAAGACGGCCCACGAUGAGUUGCUGGGAAAAUGUGCUGGCUUAGAAAUGAAGAUACUGGAGAUGGAGAAGAGCGAGCUGGAAGAGAAGCAACUAUUCAUCAACAAGGCGAGUGAACUUCAAAAUGCCGAGCAAGGAAUGAAGCGACUAGAAGAGGAAAUGUUGACAUUGGUUGAAAAGCUGAACGCCGUCACAAAAGAUCAUAAAACAGCAAUUGAAAGUAAAGCUCAAGUCGAAGAGGAGUUACGUAAACAGUCAAGCGCUCUCAGUACUCUUCAGAAUACUGUGAAUGCAUCAAAUAUGGAUCAAAGCGCCAUGGCGAAGGAAUUGGCGAGCACAACGACUUUGUGUGCUGAACGAUUGGCCGAGAACAAUAAACUUCAAGAAACUAUUAAAAGUCUUGAGGACAAAGUUCAAUCCAUGGAACUCGCAAAUACCGAGUUGGCGGGUAAACUGAAUGACACCGAGGAGCGCUUCAACAACUUGAUCAAGCAAAAUGAGAACGCUGUGAAAGAGGUGAAGUAUUUCUUGUUCUGUUUUUUGUGGGGGGAGGGGAAUCUUUUGAACGAGUUUUCUCGACACGAGCGUUUGGGGAGUAGAAGACUCUUUUCUCCGUCUCCUUAUUUUCUAUUUUGA